AUGCGUCGCGCCGUCGCUCCCGACGCGGCCGACCCGAGCCAUGGCUCCAAACUACGCGCCAGCCGCGUCCGUCGUCAGCGCCACCGCGAGCAAAGUCUCGAUGCCGACGAGCUGGAGCAGCGCUUCAGCCGCAGUGCGCGUCUCUCCCUGGCCGCGCCCGCGUUCGUUCCGGCCGCUCAGCGUCUCCGGCAGCCGCCGGCCGCAUCCGCCGCGCUCACGCGGUCCUUGGCGUUCGUGACGGACCGACGGGGCCCCACCGCAGCAGCAGCUGCAGCAGCUCCUGCUUCUGUUGCUGCGUCCUCGCGUCCACGACGGUCAGCGACCGCGGCCGUCGCGUCGAAACUCCACAAGAACGCGGCAGCAAGGAAGCCCCAGCGCCAGCCCCAGCUCCAACAACAGCAGACGAAGGACCGACCGAGCAGCUGCACGAGUGCGGCUUCAAGUCGAAGCAGACGGCAGCGCAUGGGCGCCAAGGGGCUCCAUCCCCAGCCGUCCAUCAAGUCGACGGCAGUGUCGACGUCCGAGCAGCACCGACGCAAACUGUCGCUCACGUCGGCAGAGCUGCAGCCACUGGACGCGACCUUGGAACAGCAGGUCGAACCGACUCCUGCUGCGGCUUUUGCUGCGGCUUGGCAGGACGCAGCGGACGUGUACCCCGAGACCGCAUCGAGUGCUUUUCCGCAGCAGCUCACACUGUUCAGCCAGCAGAAGCGGCUGCCGCAGCGCGUCGCAAGUCGCGACGACGUCAUUGACACGAUCUUUGCGGCGCUCUUUCGCCGCCGGGAUGACGGACGGCGUCGUCGGCCGCGCCACGCGCUCUCGGCCUUUGGUGACGAAGGGACCGACACGGAUGAGCCCAAUGAAGAGCUCGUCAAGCAAGGCCUAGCGACCGCGCUGUUCAAAAGCCAGCUCCAGCUGCAUGCGCCGUCGUCGCUUUCCACUGCAGCGUCUCCAGCAGCAGCGGCCGACAGUCUGCUCACGCCAACGUUCUUGCACGCCCUCGUGAAUGCGCUGCGCUUCGAGGACUUUCGAGUUGCCAGCGUGCGACUGGAUAUCCUCCGUGCGAUCCACAAGAGCUGUCCGACCAAGCGAGUGCACCUCGUGCGGGCACUAGCAGACGCCACGGCGCUGCGUGUCGCGUACGUGACUGCAGUCGCAGCACGUGCCGAGGCACUAGGCGUUGAGAAAACGUCGAGGCAGGUCACUGCAGACAAGCACGAUCACGGCCACGGGUUCACGGAACUGCUGCGGUACUCGAUCGAACAUGUCGAAGAGGGUGUGCAAGAGCCAGAGCCACUGUCGUUGUUGUUGCCGGACGCGGCUCGAAAGCAGGAGGAGGAGCGGACGGAACUCGUGCGCAACUGCAUGGUCAGUCUCGUGUCGCUCUGGCGCGCCCACUGGAUCGAUCCCGCUGGAUCCGACGACGAAGAGCUCGUUAGCUGCGCCGGUCAGUUCGUCGCGUACAUGCCGUCCGUCACGGGUCCACUACUCAAGCGGUUGCUCAGUGCGUGGCCGACCCGCUACCCGAAAGAAGAGGUGGGGGCCACGCGCAUGGUCGCACGAGUCAUUAUGUCUGGGCCGCCCCUUGAACAAGUGGACCCCACGCACUCGCUGCAACGCCGUGUGUUCACGCGACUCGCGCGUGCUUUGCAGAGUCCAAAGGUCGAUGUGGCCAUGGAGGUGCUGGCUUUCGUCAGCUGCAACUUCGUCCUCGUGCACUUCUUGGGCCGAGACGAAGCUCUUUACAAGACAAUCACCCGAGCACUGCAUGUCAACAUCGAGAGCCAUUGGCACGACGGCGUGCGGAAGACGUCCGAGACGCAUUUCGACCGCGCCCUCGACUUUGCCCCGUAG